AGCAGGUAACAGUGCAGUGGAGGCUGUGAAAGUGUUGGCCAAGACAGGGAAGCUCGAAGCCAGCUGAUUUCAUGGAAAUCGCGUGUAGAGUAACUCGGAGCGCGUGUUCGCCAUGAAUAAAACAUGGGAGCAGGUGCGUCCUCGCCCGGCCUGGAAAAGGAAGAUCAAUCCAACAAUCCCACCGUGGUCCAUGCCAUCGGAGGCCAUCCAUUGAGGUUCACCCAACUUCAUUACCAUACUAAGAUCGCCCCUCACCGCAAACCAGCGAAGAUGAAUAAUCCCAGAGAGAAGAAAAAGCGAAUGACGGGGUUGGCGACCUUGAGGAAAAAACUGAUGAAACGCAAGCGUUCCUCCCGGUCGUUCGACCACGCGAAGGUGCUCCGGGAGUUCGUGUCGGACUGGUCGGGUCAGGAGUUGCUGGCCCUGGUGAACGAGUACGAGGCGAUGGGGAUGGUGAAGGAGUUCGCCGCCCAGGCCCAGUUGGCUCGACCGCCGGCCUCGGGGUUCAAGCAGGACCUGGCGGAGCUGUACGAGAAGAAGCAGGCGACGGACGUGAAUCUCCUGUUCCAGGGGCAGUGCUUCCCCGUCCACCGGGGCAUCCUCAGCGUCCGCUGCGGGUACUUCCGCGACUUGCUCUCGCGAUACUCGGGCCACAACGCCCAGGUCCCCAUCGACGGUCGGCGACUGCGAGUGGACGCGAGCACCUUCGGUGCGCUCUUGCGGUAUCUGUACACGGGGGAACUCGUUCGAGCGCCUGGGACGAAUUUGGACAUGGUCCUACGGCUGAGUGGGGAGUUCGGGACCCCCUGCGCGGUGGAAAGUGAUGCCAGGUAUCUCCUGGAAACGGGGGAGCUGGCCGAUUGCCUCCUCGUGUUUCAAGGUCACACAAGUGCCAACACUCGCGUUUGUCGAGCGAUGUCCGCGUCCUCGAGCACUUAUUCCGCCAUAGACCCCUCGGCCUCAGACUAUGGCUUCCAUCAUCGGAUGGAACUGCCGUGCCACAAGGCCGUUCUGGCGGCUCGUUCGCCGUUCUUCCGGAACCUGAUCGCUCGACGAUCCCGGCUCGCGGAAGAGAGCCUGGAAGGGCGAUCCGCCCUCGUUCAUCAUCAGUCCAUGCGGAUCCUCUUGGACCCGGAAGUGGUGCCGCUCCGAUUCGCGCAUGUGAUACUCACAGCCAUCUACCUGGACACGGUGGAUCUGGGUCUGAUACUGAGUGAUUCGAGUGGUGGGGCUGGCGGAGGUGGGGUCGGGGGUUCCCAGACGCCGUCUCCCCGGCCGAGUCCGUCGUGCAGCCCGAACCCCGGCGCCGCCAGCCUUCCCCUUCACCCUCCAUCCCCUCAGCCUCUCCUCCAAGAGACAAUGGAGCUGUACGGGAUCGGGCGAUUCCUGGAGCUCGACGUCCUGUGCCAAGCGUGCGAGGAUCUGAUCGUGGAGAGUCUGGCUCCCCAGACCCUUCUUGCCAUCCUCAGCUGGAGCCAGGAGGCCCACGGGUCCAAGUGGGUCCGGCGACAGGCCCUCGCCUAUCUCCGUGAGGAGUUCUCGCAGAUCGCCCAGACCCCCGUCCUCCUCAACCUGGAUAAGGAGGUCUUCGCGGAAGCCCUCCAAUCCGACUUUCUUCAGGCGAGUGAGUUGGAAGUUCUCCAGGCUGUCCUGAGAUGGGGAGAACAUCAAUUGGUGAAGAGGAUGGAAGAUAGAGAACCAAACCUCGUGAGUCAGACAGCUCACUCGGUUGCAAAAAAGGGAGUGAAGAAGAAAGAUCUGAAUGACGUGGAGCUGAGGGAAAUCACUUCAGAACUUCUUCCUCUUGUGCGGAUGGAUCAUGUGAUACCCCCUACCCACGAGGUCCUGACUAAUGCCAUCAAGCGAGGCCUUGUCAGCAAGCCGCCCAGUCAUAUGAUUGGGGAUGACCUUGUUCCAAAUUUCAAGGUCAAUGCAUGGGUCAGAGGCAAGAACAAUGGACUCUUUGUCAAGCCUCGACUCUUCUUGCCGUACUGGGAGGAGGCUCGGGCCCUGCUGGAUGAAGUGCUGCCUCGACAGGACUUGGAACGCAUGCACAUUCGAAUGCCCCCAAUGCCAGGAAAUAUCCCUGACACCCUUUACAUGUUGGAAGGUAGCCAGCCCCCCCGGCCAUUGCCUGUCAAUCACUCUGUGGCAAGUAGUGAAAUGUCCUCUCUACCUCCCCUGGAAACUUUGGCUCAGUACAUUCCUGUUCCCAAGCCUGAAACACUGGAAGCCAUGCUCAAGCGGGACUCAGAGCUCCGUCGUGCCCCAGCAACAACUAGAGCGUAUAAUUUACCAUUGAUAUCACGCCGAGAGAUCAAUCGCCAGAUUCGUCUCCGGGUGGUGCGGGAGUUCAAUCUCCCCGAUUCGGUUGCUGAAGUUCUGGAGGCUGCAGUGUAUUAUGGGUGUGAGGGAGGAAAUGAAGAUGCUGAGAUGAGGGAGAGUGGGAGUGGAGGGGGAGUGCCAAUGCAAAUGCAGGUACCUCAUUCACCCAGGCACUCAUCAGCAAUGGCAUCCCCCUUAUCGACAGUGUCAUCUCCGGCUCAGCUUGGCUUGGGAUCGAUGCCAUCCCGUCAUCCCUUGAGUCAUUAUUCGACCUCCUCUCUCAUGACACCCUCCAUCAUCCCUGAGACUGAUCCAUAUUGCACUCUGGAGGGAGAUGCAAGUUCCUGUUCAGAGGGUCACCUGUCUGACACAAUGCCAGACAUUGCCUUGGCCACAUCCUCCUUACGAAGCCUACAUGUUGAGGAACAUGAACUCGACCUAGAUCUGGGUCUGGGUGAUCGACGCCCCCCUCCACCCUCAUCAUCUUCUGUCACCCCUUCUCAUUAUCGACACCUCUUUUUCUAGGGGAAUCUCAUCUUUUCCCUUCUCUGCAUACUCUUCCUGUUUCACAAGGUCUCUGUGAUACACAUUGCAGGACUCCUUAAGAAUUAUUACCCACUUUCUUUCUGGUCACACGUCAUACAUACCAAUGUUUGGCAUCAGACAGAACUCUUCAUCUCAAUUUUUUUUUUCAUUAUUUGCUCUCCCUCAGGGAUUCCCAAGUGGUCCUUGCCAAUAUAAUCUGACUAGGAAUCUGUUCUUCAGCCUCCAUGGAUGUGUUCUCAAGUUUCUUCAAGCAUAAUGUUGGGUAUGCAUGGGUCAUUUUGUUAGGGAUCUUUACCUUGGCCAUAAUGUUCACAGUGCAAUGCUCCUUUUAGUCCUUUGCAUUUUUGUAUACUCAUUUCAUCUUAUGACAAGACCAGUGAAAUACACUGUCCAAGUUGAAAACCUUUUGUUCAUUUUGUGCAUUACUGCAAUCGAUGACUGACUGGCGUUUUGGCAUCUCAAGCUGUUCCUUGUUGUUAUCAUUUUUCAGUGUUAUUUUUGAGAAAAACUUUAUAGCAUUGAGUUGCACAUGGAUGUUGCUACCAUUAUUCUUGUGCUCAUUCAUCCCACAUUUCUCAAUUGGGAGGGGGUAAGUGGAAAUAGCAUAUUCCAUUCUGACCUUGUUUGUAGGAAACAAGAUUCUUUUUCCUCAUCUCAACAGAAAUGUGUGCCAAGUACAAGAAUACUUGGUGAAUUUGCAUUCAUCCUUAUUAACCCAUCUGAAGCACUCCUGCAUCUGGCUCAUUCUAAUUCUGGCCUUUGCUCUUAAAAUGAAGUUUGCCAAAUCCAUUACUUGGAGAAAAAAAGGUGCAUAGGACCAGGGUUCAUAGGUUCAAGUGUAGAACAGUGUCAAAACCAGACAGAAUUUGUUACAUGCUAUUUCCUUUCACCCCCUCAAUUUGCUUCAUCCCCAGUAGGCUUCAUGCUUUUCACUUGGCUUGGACAUCACUGCCAUGGGGUUAAUCUUGUGCAUUGGUGUGCAAGUGAAAUGAAGAAAUGUCUGACUUCGAUGAAAAACACUAGAAAAAUGGAGUAGGACUGCUGUCAAGUGAUGUCCAUUUCAGGGAGUAGCACUUUGCCCAUCUUAUGAGCUGGCUGCCAAUCUUAGUACACAACCAAUAUCAAUGAUCCUUAGUGUUGGUGUUAUUGAAAGCAUCAAAGCAAGAAGACCUUUUAGCCAGCAUUUCAUCGCUUGCAGCCUAAAUUAAAUUUCUGCUGUAUGAACUCACUUCCAUUUCUUUUUCAUGUUCAUUCACCAGUGCAAUUCUUGCUCUUCAUCUGAGAGGAUUAAGAAGGAAAUGCAGGUGUGCCAUCCAGUUCCAGAGAAGCCUCCUGUCUCAAUUCUCCUUCUUGAGUGUCGUGAUUUUAAAAAAGAGCAAGCUUACAUGAUGUUGCCCCUUCAUCCCAUACUGUACAUCUUGGAGAUCCUUAUGUUGGUGGCACGUUUUGAUAAAGGGUGAAAUAAAUUAUUUUGAAUCAA